AUGAACGCCUGGCUCGCCGACGCCUCGACCCUCCCUGGCCAGGAUAAUGGGGCUUUCAAUCCUUCCACUAUAGACCCCUCCGCCUUCCUUCACACCUCGCCUACUCCCCAGGACCCCUCUCAGUUCCAGCGCAUGUUCAACAAUGGCGUGUCACGGAAUGCCUCCCCGGGCUUCCACAAUCCCAACCAGGUGAUUCCGUCUAAGCGAGCUCGACCCGAAGAUGGUAUGCCCAUGUCGCCACGGCCAGGCCCCGGCGGCAUGCCUGGGUCGCGAUCGCAGACUCCCCAAGUACCAUAUCCUGGAUAUCAAGGCCCCACAAACGGGCAAGCUCAAUUCCCUCAACAUCCCACGCCCUACCAACAUCUUCAGCAAGGAACGUCGCCCAAUGUGACGCAGUCGCCGAUUAUGCAGGACUUUGACCAGCAGAGUGCUCGUAUGGGAACCGCCUCCCCAAGUCCUUUCUCCCCGGCCGGCCCACACGUCGGUGCUCAUAUAACAACAACUACAUGCAAGGACAAGCUUUUCCCCAAGGCAUGGGGGGGGCAGUUCCAGCAAGGACACGGGAUGAGCCAAGCGGCGCAACAGCCAUCUAUGCAGGCACAAUAUGGUGGAAUGCAACAAGGCGGCAUGCAACAAGGCGGCAUGCAACAAGGCGGCAUGCAACAAGGCGGCAUGCAACAAGGCGGCAUGCAACAAGUACCUCAGGGGUAUCAUCAGGCAAUCGCGGCUCAGCAGGCGCGACUUCAGAUGCAGAUGCAGCAGCAAAAUCAAAACCGGUCAAUGAAUGCCAAUCAACAGAUGGCAGGGCGCUCAGUUGCUCCUAGUGGGAUGAUCCCUCAGGGCAAUCCCCAGCAAAUGCAGGCUAUUCGGCAGAUGCAACAGAACAUUGCAAAGCCCAAUAACCCGGAAGUUUUUGUGCGAGGGUUGCAGAAGUUCAUGAUGGCCCGGAACCUUCCGCUGGACAUGAAUCCUGUGAUUUGUGGUCGUCAGUUGAAUCUUCUCCAGCUUUACGGAACCGUGAUGAGAAUGGGCGGAUCAAAGAAAGUUACUCAAAUGAACAUGUGGCCACAUGUUGCGCAGCAAUUCCAAUUCGCGCAAAUGCAGUUUCCCACUGCUGCGCAAGAGAUUCGAGAUUACCACUCAAGGAAUUUGGCUCCUUACGAGCAGGCCUUCUUAAAUUCGCAACAGAAACAGGUUGGCGACCAAAUGCAGCAAGGUGGAGUCCCGCGGCAGCCGAAUGAGCCCUCGGCCAUGCAGCAAUUCCAGUCACCCUCGGUCAAACCCGGUCAAGGAUUCGAACAGCCUCAGCAACUCGCCAACUCCCCCCAAAACAACACACCAAUCUCGAACAAUACGCAGCCGACCCCAAUUAAUGGCUUCGCAACACCAACACAAGCACCAAGUCAAAAGAAACCUCCCCAGACUGGUCAUCGACUCAGCAUCUCCCGUCAGUCACAGUCUUCUGUUCCCCCCACUGACGCAUCGGGUCAGUUCACUGCACCCUCACCUUCACAACAAGGGAAGGGUGCGACACCAACACCAGUUCAAGCUGAACAAAAACUCGAGAAGUUCGUCAAGAAGCCUAUCGAGGAUCCGUAUGAACCUAUGGCUGUGGACGAUCCUCGUCUCCAUGGACCCAUCAACGUGGACGAGAUGUACCGGCUUGGAGAUGAUAUCUUGAAAUUACGGCCUGGCAUACCAGCGUUCGCAGAAUUGGGCGUGAUUGAUUUCCAUGCUCUGAACAUGAGUCUCAAGUCUGGCAUCCUGGGCGAAAUUCGAGUUGCCUUGGAAACUCUUACAACUGUUUCAUGUGAUCCUCAAGUGCACAUCUCACUCCAUAAUUGCGAAGACCUGGUAGAGAGUCUGGUCGACUGCGCCCAAGAUCAGGUUGACUAUCUGGUUAAGUAUAUCCCACAGACAUCAGAUGUUAUGCAACUACAAUCGUAUGAGGAGGUUACCCGAGCCUGCUACUCCGAGUUCACAUCCCUCGCUGAAGUGCCUGAAUUUGGCAGUGUUGAUGGACCGAAUCAUUGCCAUCACCACGAUUUUCCGGAACUUCUCAUUCCCGCGGAUUCGACUUUGGCUGCAUUCGCUGUCCCAUCGCUCACCCAGUUCUUUGCCGACGUCUGCCGUUACGUUGGAACUCGGAAAUUGUUCUUGCGGUCCAAUCAGAACACUCUGGAAUUUAUGAAGGAUGCCGUGAUUUUCAUGAGCAACACAGCCCAUGUCAUGCCAAUGCCGGGACAAGAGGAAGCUUUGAAUCUGUUGACUUUCCUGCUUUCAUUCUCACCGUUGCCUGAGCCAUCGAUGAAGUCCGAUCGUGUGAUGUUCACCGCCUUCAACCCUUCUAUCCACCGAUACACUCCAGCCGCUGUAGACGCCCUUGCUAAGUUCCUGGCGAAGGACGAUACGAACCGGACUUACUUCUCGGCCAUCUUCUCUGGGGAUGGUUCCGCGCCGAGGCCAGAGCUGCUCACUCGCGCGUUCGGGCUCGCCAUCAGCCCGAUUCCUCACAAGAGCGUUCUGGCGGCUGCCGAUGCGCGCCAAAUUUUCCUCAUGCAUGGCCUCCUAGCCGCUGAUGUCCUGACAACUUUCGUAGAUCCGAUCAUGGCAAAACGCUGGCUUGGAUCUACUGAUGGAUUCGCCGUUCACCUUUUGCGACUCUCAUGUAUGCUCUGCAAUGAACGCUUUCCACAAAUCAGCAUGCGGCCAAGACCCCAGGCCGAGAGCGAAGCCAUCGCAUUUGGCUCGAUCAUCCAUCGCGGACUGGCUAUCUUACGUCGACUCGCAGAAAAAUCGAAGCAGGUGGACGACUCCUCCCCCCUCCGCCUCCCAUCCGGAAUUGUCCCUCGUAAAGAACAACUUCUCGGGGCCUUGCUGCUCCCCAACAUUGACCCUACCAUCAUUCGCCAACUCAUCACGUAUUCUCGGCUCGCAGAGUAA